AAUCUAAACACCAACGGGAACUGAGCAGAGAAGACAAUGUCCAGUAUAUCUAUCAGCAAAACGAUAGCAGUAUCCCUGCUUUUAAUCAUGCUAGCCACAGCAGCAGUGAGCCAAUUAAAGUGCUAUUAUGGAGUUGGUCAAUAUCGCAACUGCACUUGUGGCGUACAAUAUAGGAUCCUAGAAAAGAGAUGCUGCAGUUCAGAGGAAUGCCAACAACCUGUAUUGACAACAGAAAACUUCACCUGUCCCUUUGUCUGUCAGAAUGGAGGGACAUAUGAUGCUGAAAGGAAGCUAUGUCAAUGUCCUGCAAGCCAUCAUGGACUCUGCUGCGAACAAGAAACUCCUCAAUGCGGUGAAGUUUUUCUAACACACAAAGGAGACAUUUUCAGUCUCAAUUAUCCAAACAAUUAUCCAAACAAUGCAAACUGCAUAUGGAAGAUAUCCACAGAUCCAGAGAGAAGGAUAGUCAUUGGGCCAGAGUCCUUCAGCGUAGAGCCUGGCAACAACAUUUAUAGUUGUAAUUAUGACUACCUCCAACUGUGGGAUGGUACAAGCGAGAGCAAGCACAGUCUUGGGGUCUUCUGUGGUGGAAGCAAAUCAUACCAUAAAACCUUCCAGACACUCUACAGCACAGGAUCAAAUCUCUUUAUCCAGUUCAGAUCAGAUUUCAUUGUCUCAAAGAGAGGUUUUCACUUGAAGUACUCGGUUUUCUAUGCAGGACAAGAGUGUGGGCCUUACUCCAUAUACACACUAUCAAGGGGGACAAUAACAUCUCCACAUUAUCCAAUCAAGUACAGACCCAAUGAGAACUGUCAAUGGACUAUACAAGUCAUGCCUAAGCACGAUGUUUAUCUCACAUUUCAAAACAUAGAUAUCAUUUCUACUGGAAACUGUCGGUACGGUGACUAUCUGCUAGUAACUGGGAAGACUUCGGAUAAAAAGGUGAAGCAUAUAGCUGCUUUCUGCGGCAAGGUACCACCCAGACUGUUUAAAAUACCAGCAGAGAGCAAAGGACUGGAAGAGAUUACAUUGAUCUUUAAGACUGAUCAGAUAUAUGAAGGACGUGGUUUCGUUCUAAACUAUCGACAGAUAUUAUCCAAUGGCUCAUCAGGCGAUGAGUCUGGAAUCAUGGCAGAAGACAAUUAAACAUUACUUUAUUAUCUCUCUAUAUCAUAUUAUUUUGUCUUAAAUAUUCUUUGAUACAUGCACUAUUAUAUCAGUUGGUAUAACUGUCAUUUUUGUUUGAAAUUAUUUUUUUCAGAAAUAUAUAAAUAAGUCAAAUUGUA